GUGAUUUCCUUUCAAAAUUGUUGGAGUGAACUAUUACAUUUCAACGAAUAGGAGAUUCCCCAAUAAACGGACACAUAGGAAGUUCACUCGUUUUUGUUUUGUUUUUAGAAAUAAUGAUAAAGUUAAAAGUGGAAAAAAUUGCUUGGUUUUAAAGGGAUAGAAAAUGCAUGUGUUAAUUAUGAACGAAUUCAAUUGUACGAAAAUAAAAAUGUGUAUACAAUAAUUAUACGACAAUAUGGGAAAUACGGAGAGUAAUGUAACCAGUGGUGUUAAAAAACAGGCUGGCGUAUCAACGCAACCACUGUACAAAUUGGUUAAUUUAAAAGGUGGCGGACUUCUUGUUGACAUGAUGAAACGUGCUUGCCAAAACAAACAAUACGCUGAAAUUGAUCAUGCCAUCAAAACAAAAGUCGAACCAUUUUUGUAUAAUAAAGGAGCUGGUAGAUAUAUUCCUAUAUCAAAAAUUGUAAUGAUGCGAAAUUGUGAGCGUCCACGGCACAAACAAUUGCCCGAAAUUCGAACCAUGGAGAAUCCAGACGAAGAGUUCGAUAUUGAUCAACACUUACCGCAUGUCAAAGAGAGUGAAUAUCUGAUGAAUCCAUCGGGAUAUCGUGAAGUGUGCUGGGAUUUGAAGAAACGCGGUGCAGUUGGUGAAUCAAUAUUUCAUCUAUGCUUACUGAAUGCCACAUCAUUACAUGCCGAUUUGGCCAAGAGACUGUUAAAAUUCUAUCCAAAACUCAUCAAUGACAUUUACAUGUCGGAUGAAUACUAUGGCGAGAAUACACUUCAUAUAGCGAUUGUAAAUGAAGAUCCAGCAAUGGUGAAAUAUUUAUUGGAUGCUGGUGCAAAUGUGAAUGAACGUUGUUGCGGAACAUUUAUGUCACCUGAAGAUCAAAAGGCGUCACGAACCGAUAAUAUCGAACAUGAGUGGGUCGAUGUAAAUUCAUUUACAAAUUACGAUGGUUAUGUAUAUUGGGGUGAAUAUCCGCUUAGUUUUGCCGCUUGUUUGGGACAAGAGGAAUGUUAUCGCUUAGUACUGGCUCGUGGUGCUGAUCCCGAUGCACAAGACACCAACGGAAAUACCGUGCUGCAUAUGCUAGUGAUUUAUGAAAAAUUGGAAACAUUCGAUAUGGCCUAUGAAGUUGGUUCAUCGCUUGCGGUGCGAAAUCAAUUGAAUUUGACGCCAUUAACGUUGGCCGCUAAAUUGGGACGUGUUGAAAUUUUCUUCCACAUAAUGAACAUUGAACGUGAAAUUUAUUGGCAAUUAGGGAGUAUAACGUGUGCCGCAUAUCCAUUGCCACAAAUAGAUACGAUCGAUUGUGUAACGGGACACAUAAGUAAAGAUUCGGCAUUGAAUUUAGUGGUUUUUGGUGAUAAGGACGAACAUCUUGAACUUCUCGAUGGCAUUCUUAUCGAUUUACUCAAAACCAAAUGGAAUACAUUCGUUAAAUCGAGAUUUUAUCGUCAAUUUUAUCUCUUUACGUCGUAUUUUUUAAUUUCGCUUAUUAGUUUUUUACUACGACCCGGUCCCGAUGCCGAUGAUGAUGCUGAUGAUGAUAAUAAUGACGAUACAAACGUAAAUUCAAAUAGUAAACAUGACAAUAAAGUCAACGCUGUAAAUAAAAAUUCAAACGAUACGUUACACCAACACCUGUACUAUAAUCACAAUCAAACCGUUCUUAUUUCGAAUGUACUUAACGUUACCAAUCGACAGUUAUUUAACGACACACAAGCAACGAAUUUAGAUUACAACAUUUCAUCAUUUAUAUUUAUGAACAAUAGUAUUUCGUCAGCCAUAUCAAUGCCACUAACACAUAUUAAGGAAAAUGGUGAUCCUUUUUGGUACAAUAAAACGGACCAUUUAAAUGAAACGACCUGGUGGAGUUCAUUUACGGAAUGUCCGUUGCUCAAUAUUGAUUCCGAUAUGGAUAAAGUUCGAAUUGUUACCGAAAUAAUACAAUUGACUGGUGCAUUUUUGUAUAUUGCUGCGGCAUUGCGCGAAAUGAAAUUUUUAGGAUAUCACAUGUUUAUCGAAAAUUUGAUGACUGCCCCAUCUCGAGUCAUGUUUCUCUUUUCUUGUUGCCUAAUGAUGACUAUCGUUCCAUUACGAAUAUUUUGCCUAAUCGAACUUGAAGAUCAUGUUUGCGUUAUGAUCAUGCUGACAACGGCACCCUAUUUUCUAUUCUUUUGCAGAGGAUUCAAAUCGGUUGGACCUUUCGUUGUGAUGAUUUAUCGUAUGGUAAUGGGAGAUUUGAUUCGAUUUGUGUCGAUUUAUGUGGUGUUUGUAAUGGGUUUUGCUCAAGCAUACUACAUCAUCUUUCUUUCGUUUGAUAAUCCAACAACGCCAGAUGUUGGUGACGAUGCGGAAUCAAAUCCGGUGCCAUCACCAAUGGAAUCAAUUGUGGCCAUGUUCUUGAUGUCGCUCACAAAUUUUGGUGAUUACUUUGGCACAAUGGAACGAACGAAUCACGAAAUGGAGGGAAAAAUUUUAUUCGUUGUAUUCAUGGUGAUUGUGGCCGUAUUGUUGGUAAACAUGUUAAUUGCUAUGAUGGGUAAUACAUAUCAAAAAAUCGCUGAAACACGUAAUGAAUGGCAGCGACAGUGGGCGCGUAUUGUUUUAGUUGUUGAACGUGGCGUUUCACCCAUGGAACGAUUGAAAAACUUUAACUUUUACAGUCAACCAAUGUCAGAUGGAAGACGAGCUUUAGUUUUACGAUUGAAUAUGACUGAAAGUGACAAAGAAGAGAUGAAAGAGAUUUUGGAAAUGAAGCGUAUCCAUGAGCGUUUGGCGAAAAAACGAAACGUUGAACGAGAGCAACGAGAACGUGAACGACAGAAAUUAAUCGAAAAACUUUUGAAUUCGAUGCAAUAAAUAACCAAACAACAAUGUUUUAGUCAAAAGUUUUAAAAAAAAAACACACACACAGUAAUAAAGGCAGAUAAACGAUA